UUCUGAACAGAAGAUGUUACAUUUCGUGCUCAUUCUGCAUGUGGUCUCUGCGUGUAGCGCAACUUACACUUCAACUUCUCAUGUGAUUUUCAACGAUAGUACUGUCUACGCGGACGACUCCUUAUUGUGGAAACAAAAAUUUCUUUUCGAAAUACUUCGGAAUGUUUACCAACCUUUGGAAAAUGAAGAGUUUAAACCAUUCUUUAAAAGUUGGAUCUCAGAUGAGUUGAAAUAUAAAGACUUUCCAGCUGUUUCCAAAUUUUUCCAGUUGUUUAAUGGAAAUUUUCUACAGAAAGGGGAGAUAUUCACUAUAUUCGAUAAAUGGCAUUUGUACCAAACACGCUUAUUGUUCAAUCUUCUGUAUUACUCUAUCGAUUGGGACACGUACAAGAGUAAUGUCAUAUGGGCUCGAGAAAAUGUAAACGAAGGCAUGUUUAUCUUUGCUGUGUCACUUUCCGUAAUUCAUCGCAAGGAUCUACAAGGUGUUGAACUGCCUGCUAUUUACGAAAUCAAUCCGUACCUUUUCUUCAAUGGAGACCUUAUUCACGGCGCUCUAUUUCGUAAGCUGCGUGACUUAGAUUAUGGAUUCUAUGAUGGAAACAUUCGAAACGCGGCAUCGAGCAAUUACACAUCAAAGUUUACUGCGAAUCACCAUGACGAAGGAGAUCUAGCCUAUUAUACAGAAGACAUUGGAAUGAACUCAUAUUAUUUUUAUUAUAUGUUAGAGUAUCCCACAUUUCUUGGAGGCGACGAUUUUGGUUUGGAUAAAGACCGUCGUGGCGAGUUGUUCUUAUACAUGCAUCAACAACUGCUUUCUUGGUAUUAUCUUGAGAGACAAUCAAACUCAUUAGGGUCAAUUGAAAUGUUGGACUGGAAAUUUCCACUCAAAACUGGAUAUUAUUCAAUGCUUCGUUAUUGGAAUGGUGUUCCAUUUCGAUCAAGAGAACAUUUCUUUACUCUAAACAAGGAUGAUUAUGUCAAGUUAGACCAAAUACUUGAAUAUGAGCAUCGUUUCAAAGAAACUAUUGACAGAGGUUACUACAUACUGUCAAAUGGUACUAGAGUCGACCUAAGAACAUCUGCAGCAGUUGACGUACUAGGAAACAUGAUUAACAGUAAUGUCGAUAGUAUCGACCAAGAAUACUUUCAAGCUAUAGAGAUGCAGGCUCGAUCGAUCCUUGGUCGAAGUAGUAAUUACCAGCUGAAUGAUGAGCUGUGGCCGGGGCCUACAAUGCACUAUGAAACUUCAAUGCGAGAUCCUCUCUUUUAUCAAUACGUUGAAAGAAUGCUAGGAUUGUAUUGGCAGUACAAAAGCUAUUUACCUCCGUACACUUAUGAUGAACUGAACUUCAACGGAGUGGAAAUAAAAAAUUUGGUUGUCGAUAAACUGAUUACAUUCUUCGAAUAUUACCACGCUGAUAUUAGUAACGGUCUCCCGUUUAAUUCCAAUAGCUCACCGAAUAGAUCUACAUGGAAUUUUACAGUUUUUGCCCGGCAAAAGCGUCUCAAUCAUAAACCGUUUGGCUACGCCCUUACUGUACAUUCCAACUUCACUGGGAAGGGUGUAAUUCGAACGUAUAUGGGCCCAAAAUUCAGCAAUAUUAGGCAAUUAACAAUUCUAAAGAAAUACUAUGUUGAAAUGGAUCAGUUUUUAGUUGAUUUAGUGAAAGGGGAAAAUAUUAUCAAACGUAAUACUCGAGACUUCUACUAUAACAUCAGAGAUCGUACCACCUACACUGAACUAUACAAACAAAUACUACGAGCCAUCAAUGAACGGGAAAAAUUCGUCCUGGAUAUGUCCGAAGCUCAUUGUGGAUGGCCCGACCGAUUAUUGCUACCCAGAGGACUACCUAAUGGUUAUGAAAUAUCAUUCUUCUUCAUUAUUUCACCAUACCAGGAACCACAGGUGACACAGUAUUCUACGUUCACUUCAUCCAUUAGUUGUGGGGUAGGUUCAGGGUCUAAGUAUAUUGACGAUCUACCAUUUGGAUACCCAUUUGAUCGAGAAAUCGACGCGGGAUAUUUCAUAACAAAGAAUAUGAUUUUCCAUAACGUAAUGAUUUAUCGUGUAAAUGAAUCUAAAAUGAAUAAAACAACAAAAUGAAGUUAUUAUAAAAAAUAAAAAGAUGAAAUACAUGAAAAAGCUUUUUACUGAUCAGACAAUAUUAUACGUCAUCGGUGUUAAACGGGGAACGGAUUCGGAUUCAGUUGUAAUCAUCGUAGGCCAAGAAGGAAACAUGAGCCAACCUUUGUAAAACGUCUUACUUUCGGUUUAAUAAAAUCAAUAUUUUUGGUAACAUACGAAA